UACACCCCGCCAUUCUUCGGUGCGGCUCAAGUAUUUUUAGGGCUUAGCGGAUUCCUCCUAGCUGAAUACGGAAAUCUUAGCGUGCACCUGCUGCUGAGGGACCUCAGACCUCCAGGCUCAACUGAACGCAGAAUCCCUGAACCAAAUUCGAACUGGUGCACUGGAUUGUUUCGUUUAGUUUGCUGUCCAAACUACACGUACGAAGUGCUUGCUUGGUUGUCAUUUUCAGUUAUGACACAGUGUUUACCAGCCCUUAUAUUCACCUUGGCCGGCGGAUAUCAAAUGACUGUUUGGGCAAUUGGUAAGCGGCGAGCGUACCUCAAAGAGUUUCCAAACUUCCCUCGUAACCGCAAGGCAAUAUUUCCAUAUCUUCUGUGA